CAUUGGUCCAUGUCUUGCUCUGACCUCACAAGGAGUCAUUGUGAGGAAUGACUGACACCUGUGCAUAUAACACACUGCCUAGGCCUGGGUUUUGUCCUUCUAGUACAGAGAGCUGUUGGGUAGUGAGUGAUCUGUGGGACUUGGAUGGUGGUGACAGUUUUGGACCUGGAUAUCGGUGAAGUUUUGGACUCGGAUGCUGGUGACUUGUUUUACUUGACAGAUUGGUGUUGGUACGAGCCUUUAUAUCAACAAAGAGGAAGAAGUGGGAAAUGGCUCAAGGCAACACCCUACAGUACAACUCCUCUGACGAAGAGGCUCUAACAGAGCACUAUGAAAUCCUAAAGACCCUUGGUCGGGGAGCAUUUGGAGAAGUAAAAUUGGCUAGCCAUCUACUCACCCAGACAAGGGUAGCAGUAAAAGUUCUUCCAAAAGGCACAAAGAAUAGCCUCAUCAAAUCAGAAAUUGAAAUAAUGAAAUCUCUAGACCAUCCCAAUAUCAUUAAACUUCUGCACAUAAUCGACACCACAAAUACCACGUACAUAGUGAUGGACUAUGCCAUAGGCGGAGAGCUGAUGGACAGGAUUGUGGAGUUUGGCUACCUACAGGAGGAGGAGUCCCGUAAGGUAUUUAAACAGAUGGUAUGUGCCCUUCAGUAUUGUCACAUGAAAGGGAUUGUUCACAGGGAUCUAAAGCCUGAAAAUAUUUUAGUGGACGGCAAAGGAAAUAUAAAACUCAGUGAUUUUGGACUGAGCACCAAGCUUACCCUGGGGCAGAAGCUAGCACAUUUCUGUGGGACCGUUCCUUAUUGUGCCCCAGAAGUCUUUAAAGGUGGAGGCUACGAUGGCCGAGCAACCGACAUCUGGAGUUUGGGGGUUGUACUCUACUUUAUGUCUACAGGGUGCCUCCCUUUCAAGGGAACUGCCUUUGUAGGAAUAAAGGAGCAGAUCUUGGUGGGAAAGUACUCUGUUGAAUUCAAGCUGUCGCCAGAGCUUUGGGAUCUUAUUGCUAAGUUGUUAACUAUAAAUCCUGGAGAAAGACCAACAAUAGAUGAUGUUGUGGGCUUUCAAUGGCUGAAGCAUGGCAAUGAAGGUUCUCCCAAUCCCUUUAGAGAGAACGAUGAGGACAGCUACCCAGACCCCACUGUGAUGGCCAUCAUGGGUGUCAUGGGUUAUAAGCAAGGACAGAUCCUGGAAGCUUUACACGAGAAGAAGUUUGAUCAAGUGAUGGCCACCUACUUGAUUCUUAGGCAGCAGUCACCCUGGGAAGACAUUACAAAAGAUCUUCAGCCCAAGCAGUCUGCUGGAACCUUGAACCUUACAGGCCCUCCCACAACACCUAAAGUGACUAUCAAGAGGGGAUCUAGUGUCUCUAUCCUUUCCACUUCUUCCAGUUUGCACACUCUAACUGAGAGUCCCGAGAAUGACAAAAAGGGGAGAACGAGGUACAGUAGGCCUCCCACCCUGAACUGCCCUGACAAGAAAACAGCCCCCAUUCACAGAAUCUGCCCUCAGUGUGUGCAUGAGGCUAAUUUCACGAACAGCACCUCGGGGGAUUCAGAGAGCACUAUUAACACCUCCGAUGAAAUAUGUACCAUAGUGUCUUGCCCCCAGUGUGUACAUGAGGCUAAUUUCUCGAACAGCACCUCGGGGGAUUCAGAGAGCACUGUUAACACCUCCGAUGAAAUAUGUACCACAGUGUCCUGCCCCCAGUGUGUACAUGAGGCUAAUUUCCCGAACAGCACCUCGGGGGAUUCAGAGAGCACUAUUAACACCUCCGAUGAAAUGUCUUCAGCACUGGAAACUUAUUCCAGUAAGUUAUCCUGGAAUGUGUCCGAAGCUGGCCCUAACAAAUCAAAGAGCAAGGCGUCCUCACAGGAUGUUUUAUCUCAUCACACCACUAUGGAGGAAGUUCAGUGCAGAGACGUCAACAUACAAGGUGAAAUUAUCGGUUCAUCUCUCCCACAAACCUCACCUCAGGAGGACCUCAGAGGACAGCCCCACAGCAUGUCUACUGCUGGUCAGAGAGAUGAAAGGAGCAGCUCAUCUCUCCUACAAACUGCACCUCAGGAGGACCUCAGAGGACAGCCCCACAGCAUGUCUACUGCUGGUCGGAGAGGUGAAAGGAGCAGCUCAUCUCUCCUACAAACUGCACCUCAGGAGGACCUCAGAGGACAGCCCCUCAGUGUUGCUACAGCUGCUUCAAAGAACAACAUGACCUCACAAGAUAGAUCAACUCCAUUCUCCAGCAAGGAGGCCCAGGAUGAGGGUCCGAUUGUACAAGAAAAAGACCUCAGCCCAUCCUCCCCAGAAACAUCCCAGGGACACCUCAGUGGCCGGAGACAGACUGCACCCAGAGCCCCCUUUAGAAAGCGGAUUUGGAAGAGCCUACAGAGCAGGAUUAUAAAAGGCCUGAGAAGUUUAUGCUGCUGCAUACCAACAGAAAAGAGGGAGCGCCUAGGCUGCAACAAAAUCCUGCCUGUGACCUUAGAGGACCAUGGAGGGAGCCAAGGUAACAGGUGGACUCAAGUUGACCACAAGUCUCAGUAUCCAUCUCCCCUUUCUUUUGCUGAGACAAGGUCUGGCUAUGUAGCCUCGGUUGACCCACAAUUCCUGAUACUCCCGUUCAGAAUCCUGGGUACUGGGGUGACAGGUUUGUACCUCCUGAAUUAUAAGGCCUAA